AUGAGAAUUUGUCACCUGGAGCAUCCGGAGUCAUUGUAUGAGGCAAUAAAUCCAUCAAAACCUUCUUCAACUUCUAGUGGUGGAAAUUUUCCUACCACUCUCACUCCACUCUACCAUUAUCCUCCUCUUCAGUCUCUUAGGUUAGAAGACUGUGGAUCAUCGUUUAGAUCUCUCGAUAUGGAUUUAUUUCCUAAUCUCAAAACUCUUUAUAUUCAAUCCAGCCACUACUUUGAAGCUAUCUCAGUGUCAAAUGGGAAAUCACUUGAGGAACUAACAUCUUUAUCUAUUUGGCGUUGUGAUAGUUUUGUAUCUUUCCCAAAUGGUGGAUUUAUUGCUCCUAAGCUGAGUAAAUUGGAGAUUGUUAAUUGCCGUAAAUUGAAGUGGUUGCCAGAGAAGCUGAGUUCCCUCUCAUCUUUAGAGUCCUUGAAGAUCUAUUAUUGUCCGUUGAUAGAAACUUUCCCUGAAGGCGAAGGUGAUCUGCCUGUUAGUUUGUCUGAACUCUCUAUAUGCUAUGAUGUAAUGUUGAAGAUGAAAUGGAAUUGGCAAACAUUACCAUAUCUUACCUCUCUUGUUGUUCAAGGAUAUGGUAAUGAAGAUGAUAUGGAAUCAUUUCCGGAAGAAGGGCUACUUCCUACCACUAUUACCUCUCUUCAUAUAUGGGGAUUUUCAAAACUUAGAGGCUUGGACAAAAAUGGACUUAGACAACUCACCUCCUUGGAACAACUCAGAAUCUGGUUUUGCCCUGAAUUGCAGACAUUGUCAGAAGAAUGGUUUCCAACCUCCCUCACCACUUUACUCAUACAACAAUGUCGUCUGCUAAAGAAAAAGUACGACUUGAAGGAGAGCGGGAAUGAGGAGUACUGGAACAAGAUUAGUCACAUACCAAAUUUACUAUUAGAUUGA